AGGAAAAGGGCUAGUGGGCUACAAAGCCCAACGCUAAACCCUGAGUGUGUUCUUCGUCCGCGCCGCUUUCUCACUCUUUGUUGGUUCCUUCUCCGACCUUCCUCGCGUGGUUUCGUCUUCGAUAAGCAAUGGCUGGCAAAGCUGCAGAAGCCGUGGCAAAGACCGUGACGGCGGUUCAGCACCCAUGGAGGGCGAAGCUGGAUAAGUACAGAACCGAGCUGACCAAAGGAGUGUGGGGUUACUGGGAGAUGGGAGCGUGGAAGCCUCUAGGGAUAAGCGCACGCAGGAGGGCGAUGCUGAGGAAAGAAGUGCUGACUGCUGGUGAGGAUUGGCCUUAUGAUCCAGAGAGGAAAGCGAUGAGGACGAAGAGGAAAGGGCAUAAGUGCGAUAGAAUCUCAGCUGAGAAAAGAGAGAACACUGCGAAGCUUAUGCUGAAGAUGCCUCAGAUGCUGCUUGAUUACAAGAAGAGAAGGUGGGAGAAGAAGAUGAAGGAAGAGGAAAAAGCUAAAGAAGACAAGUGAUGUUGUUGUGUCACUGUAGUCUUUGGAUGUGAAACAAAAAAAGUCUGGUUGAGUAGUAAUAAUCCGGUCUUUGGAUCGUAUGAAAUCUGGAAUUUGAUGUUCCAUAGAUGGUGGAAUGCUUUUGCGUUAUGUGUUUUUUUGCUUUUUUGUUGUCCUAUUUUGAACUAAAACCAAACGUUGUUGAGGUUAGGAUUGCAUUUGUUGGAUUGAAGCUCAGACUAAUCUUGACUGUGAAAAUUGGUUAAUGAGCUAA